AUGGCGGUGCAGAAGGCGCUGCAGGCGGUGGCGGAGGGCACGGGGUGGACGUACAGCGUCCUCUGGAAGCUCUGCCCGCACCAGGGCGCGCUGGUGUGGGCGGAGGGCCACUACAACGGCGCCAUCAAGACGCGCAAGACGACGGUGGCGCCGGGCAGGGAGGAGGAUCAGGAGGCGGCGGCGGCGGCGGGGCGGCGCCGCAGCCGGCAGCUGCGGGACCUCUACGACUCGCUGGCGGGGGAGGCCGCCGCCGCCGCUGCUGGCGGCAGGGUCGUCGCCGUGCCCGUGGCUCGCCGGCCGAGCGCCGCGCUGGCGCCGGAGGACCUCACGGAGACGGAGUGGUUCUACCUCAUGUGUGCAUCCUACUGCUUCCCUCCUGGCAUCGGGUUGCCUGGGGAGGCAUUUGCAAGGAGAGGUUAUGUGUGGCUCUGUGGGGCAAACAAAGUUGACAGCAAACUGUUUUCAAGAGCAAUUCUUGCCAGGAGUGCAGGUAUCCAGACAGUCGCAUGCAUUCCAGUUAAUGAUGAUGAUGUCCUUGAAAUUGGAACUACAGAGAAGGUAGCUGAAGACAGUGGUUUAAUUCAGUAUGCUAGGAGCAUCUUCAUGGAUCAACAUGGCACCCCCAUAAUGCCUACCCUCUCAGGGCAUUCAACUUCCAACCCAUCCACACACAUUAACCAUCAGCCAUUCCAAAUGAAAAUGGAGAAAUACAUUGGUGGCAUAAAUGUACAGCCAAAUAAUCCCAAUCCGGAAGACGAGAACAUUGAAAUGGAAGAUGAAGAUGACAUACUUGAUUCAGAGACCCAUACUGAAAAUGGUUCUCGCCGGCAUCUGCCGCUGGACAAUAUGGGCAAUGAGCAGGCAAGACCCUAUGCACGGAGCAGUGAACUGAUGCAGAUUGAGAGGUCGGAAAGCUUAAGGGCUGGUUGCACAAACCAUGUGGAUGACGAGAUCUCAAUGCUUAUGGUUUGCCAGAACGCGGCACAAGAUCAAGCAGCACUAGCCGAAAACGCGCACUACAUCGAAACAGUCCUGACAAUCUUACGGCGCAACGCGUGUCGGCGAGCGCAAGCAGCUGCACUCUCUAAGAAUUCAUCGUUUUCAAGCUGGAACGGUAAUAAAGGAACCAACAAUGAUCGCCAGCGGAUGCUGAUCUCUGAAGGCUCCCCACAGAGAAUGCUCAAGAGCGUCCUGUUCAUCGGUGCGCCUGCUGCUGGAUACAGUCACCAAUGGCACAGGCGAGAGGUUCAGCCACCUGAGCCCAGCAGGGACGACGGCGAAGGCACCAGCCGGUCACGGAGAGGGCAGGGCCAGGCAGAGCUGAGCGCUAGCCAUGUUCUCAAGGAGCGGCGGAGGAGGGAGAAGCUCAACGAGAGGUUCAUCGCCCUGCGGUCGCUGGUGCCGUUCGUCACCAAGAUGGACAGGGCGUCGAUCCUGGGCGACACGAUCGAGUACCUGAAGCAGCUGCGGAGACGGAUCCAGGAGCUGGAGUCACGAGCCCGGCUGCAGAAGAUCGAUGGCCACCUGACGGCACCAGUAGUCCCGGCGGAGAAGAGAGCUCAUCAGAGCGCAAGCUCGGCGGCAAUGGUGGAGACGGGGAGCAGCAGGAUGCGAGCCGUGGAAGCGACCAGCAGCAGCUGUGGCGGCGCGGGGAGGCCGGCGGCGGCGGCGAGCGCGGAGGUGCAGGUGUCCAUCAUCGGGAGCGACGCGCUGGUGGAGGUCCGGUGCCCGCGCAGGGACGGGCUCCUGCUCCGCGUCAUGGAGGCGCUGCACCGGGAGCUCGGCCUGGAGGUCACCACCGUCCAGGCCUCGUCGGCCGGCGAUGUCCUGCUCGUCGAGCUGCGCGCCGAGGUUUGA